AUGGCGAUGAAGUGUUUUAUCCUAGCAGUAACUAUGAUGAUUGCAGUGAAUAUUUGCAGUUCCCUAGCACUAGGUGGUGGAGAUUCUCUUCUACUGGGGGAGUCGCUCGCUGGAAAACGGAGCAUAAUAUCAAAUAAUGGAAUGUUUGAACUGGGAUUUUUCAGUCCGAGAGGAACGAGUAAUUGGUACAUUGGCAUCUGGUACGCACGAAUUUCUCCAAAGGUCAUAGUUUGGGUGGCUAACAGAGAUAAUCCUAUCAGAAGCAUGCUCGGUGUUCUGAAAUUUUCAAGCGACGGUCGUCUCAGAUUGCUUGACGGAAAGGGCUGGUCGGUGUGGUCGACUGAUCUUGCUGUGAAAGGAUCGCGGGCAACAAUAACAAACUCUGGUAAUUUCAUUAUGCUGGGUCACGGCCAGAACAAUUCUGAGAUUGUUUGGGAGAGCUUCGCGCAUCCGACAGAUACAUGGUUACCUGGAAUGAAGCUGUGGAAAGGGAUGAAGCUAACUUCAUGGAAGAGUUCUGUGGAUCCUGCAAGUGGGCUCUUCUCUCUAGGAAUGGACAUGUCUCCAGGAAAGACGCAGAUGCUGAUGCUCUAUAACAAUAUUGUUCCAUAUUGGUCCAGUGGAGAGUGGACUGGGAAUUACUUUGCCAACGUCCCGGAGGUGUAUGCUCCUACGAGAUUCGAAAUAUCCUGUGUGAGGGUUUCUCCUUUUAAAAUCUACUUUACUUUUAGCAUAUCCCGGCAAGGACAUACCCUGACAGGGCGGAUCCUUUUGGAUGAGAAGGGUGAAUUAAAAUCUUGCGACUGGAUGGAUGAUGGGACUUGGACUCAGGCAUGGUCGACGUACCAAGGUCAAUGCAGUAAGUAUGAUAUCUGCGGGGCAAAUGGAUUGUGCAAUGCAAAUGAUGUGUGUAGUUGUGCUGAGGGUUUCAAGCCCAAGCGCGACACUCAAGGUUGGUGGUCAAGUGGGUGUUCUCGGUGA